AUGGAUUUAACAAGUGUUGAGCAGAACGAUGUGAUGGUACCGGAUUACGAUACACCAUCAUCAUCAUCGUCGCAUUCACACUCACAUUCAUCAGCAUCAUCGAGAAACUUGCAAUUGGAUACGAAACAAAAUACAGGUUGUCCACUCACUACAAGUUCACACUGUUUGAAAUGUAAUCGAGAGGGUUGCAUCAAGUGCACCUUUUAUUUGGUCACCGAUACCCGCCAGUGUGUCGAACGCUGUCCAUCUGGUUACGUUGAUCAAUGGUCGGCACAUACAGAGUUCAUGGGUCGCGUAUGUGUACCCAUUGGCUAUUCAGGUGCUCUCAUGGCCGCCUUGGCCGGCAUGUUUGGUGGCUUUCUGGUCUGUCUGUCCAUACUCGCCGUGGCUGUGAUGCUGGUGAAACGUCGACGCAGACGUAAGGCCAUUAAACAGAAAUUGAUUAAUGAAAAUACCAUGGAUCGUUCGGAUUUUCUACGUCAACUGAAUGAUAUGCGACCAAAUGCGGAAUAUUUUCUAGCCAUGUUAAAUGAUACCCGUCGACAGAUACGAAAAUUAUAUUUGGCUGGAGAUGUGGCAGCAGCGAAUUCAUAUCGCCCGAUUGUGCGAGAUUUGGCAAGGAUUUUGAUUUUACUGAAUAGGCCGAUCGAGUUGAUACCAGCCGCUCCACACGAUUGGAAUCGUUUGUAUACAUGGUCUGAGCAGGUGCUCGAACGUUAUAGGCCUCAGGUAGGCCAGCUGAUAGAUUUCUUUCAGAAUUCAAAUGGUGUUGAUGUUGAUGAAUUUGAUGCCACCUCAGUGUAUCGUCAGAAGGUGGGCGGUGGAGGGUUCUACAAGCAGAGUGCCACAUUGCAGUCUUCAUCGAAUUUGAAUGGUGGUAAAGGAUGUGGUGGCGGCAGCGGAGGUGGUGGAAAGGCACAAAAAAUGCAUCUUUUCGGUUCGCUGAUUAGUUUGCACGAAUUCGAGGAGCCUCGACCCUCCGACCCGUUUGGCAGUAGCUUUAACACCCUGAAAAGUGGCAAUCUCAUAUCAGAUCUCAAUGCUAGUUCAUUGUGGCUGGAGGAUGAGUUCUAUAAAUUAGGUUUUCGACCGCAAGAUGAAAUAACGACUGAACUGUAGAUUAGAAAAAAAUAUUUAAAAAAAUCCUCUUCAUCUUUGCGAAGUU